AUGAAACACUUCAACUUCUUCGAGGGCACCUCAACGGGCUGCGAUACCAUCAUUCGGAUGCUCAACGAAGAUGACAAAGAGCUGAAAGACGAAAUGACCAAAAACUGGCGGAACCACAAGCUUGAAGAGCUCAACUUUGUAGGAACACUUGGAGCCCUUCUUGCAAGCUGCCUCAGCUCAACAAGUUCAUGGCCAGACGUACUUCCAAACGGAAAGUCCAAACCAUGGCUAGUACGGGGACUUCUAUACAGUGGCCUAGUGCUCGCCCUCUUUUCAGUCGUCACUGCUGGGGUCCAGAGGCGCUCUAUCGAAGAGUAA